AUGUAUCUUAGUCUGUUCUUAUCUAUCUAUCUAUCUAUCUAUCUAUCUAUCUAUCUAUCUAUUUUGUCGGUUUUUAUCUGUUUUCUAUUUGUCUCUCUAUCUAUGAUUCUGUCUUUCUCUCUAUUGGGUAAUCUAUCUAUCUCUCAUCCUCUGCCUCUCUCUCUCCCCUCCCUCUCUCUCUCUUAUCUAUCUAUCUAUCUAUCUAUCUAUCUAUCUAUCUAUCUAUCUAUCUAUCUAUCUAUCUAUCAUUGGUUCGUAUCUAUCUAUCUAUCUGUGUUCUCAUCUAUCUAUCUAUCGAUGGAUCUAUGUAUCUAUUUUAAUUGGUUCUUAUAUUUUCUAUCUCUCUCUCUAUCUAUGACUGUCUUUUUCUCUCUAACUUAUUGUGUUCUCAUCUCUCCCUACCUACCUACCUACCUACCUACCUACCUACCUACCUACCUACCUUCCCUAUCUAUCUAUCUAUCUAUCUAUCUAUCUAUCUAUCUAAUCUCUUGCUUUAAUAAUUUCGCAACUUUUAACACUUUAACUGAUUUUCUGACUCCCCUUUUAUCAAGAUUCCCCGUUUAA